AUAAUAAUUUAAAAUGAGAGAGCUACUAUGAAUUUCCUCUCACUCAUCCUCAAUUCCUCAUCCUCCGCCACCUCUUCACCUCCGACCUACUCCGCUUGCUCCGUCAAAUCUUCAAACCCGAGAAAUCUUCAAUCCACAUAAAAUUACUGGGAAACGUUUCUCUGUCUACCCUUCCAAUCUGUUUUUUUUAAAUUCUUAUAUAGCCUUGCAGUCUCGAUCGCCUUCGCUUUCGUCAUAGCUGCUAGCCUGCUACAGUUUGCCCUCGGUCUUUUCGCCUAGUAGCAACUCUUUCUUUGUUCUCCGCUGUCGAAUUGGACUUGGAUCUGUGUAGUUUCAGUGGUCUGUCUCUGUAGCUAACAGGUGGAAAGCAGGUAGUGUCUGGCCGUGGUGGGGAGAAAUGGGGACGGUGACGUCGACGAUGGCGGCGAAGUUCGCUUUCUUCCCGCCGACUCCGCCUUCGUAUCAGGUGGAGGUAGACAAGGCGAGUGGGAAGGUUAAAAUGGUGGGGCAGGGGAUCGGCGUCAAGGAAAAUGUUGACGUAUGGAAGUUGGACACGAAGAGAGGGAAUCAGGUAGUGGCGGUGUAUUUUAGGAACCCCGCCGCUUCCCUCACACUUCUCUACUCUCACGGUAAUGCUGCCGAUCUGGGGCAGAUGUACGAUCUGUUUAGUGAGCUGAGUUUGCAUCUCCGAGUCAAUUUGAUGGGGUAUGAUUACAGCGGAUAUGGGCAGUCGACGGGAAAGCCAAGUGAGCACAAUACGUAUGCUGAUGUAGACGCUGUGUAUAGGUGCCUGGAAGAGAAAUAUGGGGCAAAACAAGAAGAUGUCAUUUUGUAUGGACAAUCAGUCGGUAGUGGACCUACUCUAGAUUUGGCGAUUCAGUUGCCAAGAUUGAGGGCUGUUGUUCUCCACAGCCCCAUUGCUUCUGGUCUCCGUGUGAUGUAUCCUGUUAAGAGGACGUAUUGGUUUGACAUAUAUAAGAAUGUUGACAAAAUUCCAUUUGUAACAUGUCCAGUGCUUGUGAUUCACGGAACUUCUGAUGAUGUUGUGGACUGGUCUCACGGCAAACAGUUGUGGGAACUCUGUCAAGAGAAGUACGAGCCAUUAUGGGUGAAGGAAGGGAACCAUUGUGAUCUGGAGAUGCAUCCACAGUACAUCAAGCAUCUCAAGAAGUUCAUAUCAGCCAUUGAAAAAUCUGGUGUGAGGAUUGGAUCCAUUGCACCCAUAGAACUGUCCCAGAAGCCUAGGAAGAGCACAGAUGUGAGAGAACCUUCUAGAUCAAGCGUCGACCAGAGAGAGAAGGUUAGGCUGAGCACGGAGCUCCGAGAAAAGCCUAGGCCUAGCAUGGAUUGGAGAGAAAAAUCGAGAGUCAGUAUUGACCGGAGGGAAAGGUCAAGGAAAAGUGUGGAUCGGCCUGAGAAGGAAAACCUUAGUCUGGAUCAGCAUGAUAAAGCAAGGAACAGUAUUGAUCGUUUCGGUUCCAUGAUACGUUCUGUUGGAUUAUGCAAUAUUGAUUGUUUCAAGCCCACAGCUACAGCUCUCUAAGCAAGUGAAAAGGUGAAUCUGCGGAUUGGAGUUGCUGCUUCUUCAGUUAAGAUUAUUUGAUAACAUGUGAUUGGGGUUCUUUUAGUGAUAACAAAAUUUCCUUAGAAGAACAGGAAUUGGAUUUGGUUCAAGCAGGAAUAGGCUUUUUAUUUUUUCCCACGGCCAUGGUCAUCGUUGCUUAAAAUUCGCUAAACUUAUCUUUGUACAUAUUACAUAAAUGUAAUGAAAUUUUUCUCGGGCUUAGCUG